CGAAGGUCGGAUCCGCGCGCAGCGGCCGGAGAUGCAGCGGGGCGCCGCGCUGUGCCUGCGCCUGUGGCUCUGCCUCGGACUGCUCGACGGCGAGCGAGGCCUGGCGAGUGGCUACUCCAUGACCCCCCCGGCCCUAAACAUCACGGAGGAGACGUACAUCAUUGACUCCAGUGAUAGCCUGUCCAUCUCCUGCAGGGGGCAGCACCCCCUCGAGUGGGCCUGGCCAGGGGCUCAGGACGUACCGGCCACAGAGGAUAAGGACAGCGAGGACACGGGGGUCAUGCGAGACUGCGAGGGCACGGACGCCAGGCCCUACUGCAAAGUGCUGCUGCUGCCUGUGGCCCACGCCAACCACACGGGCCGCUACCGCUGCUACUACAAGUACAUCAAAGCCCGCAUCGAGGGCACCACUGCAGCCAGCACCUACGUGUUCGUGAGAGACUUGGAGCAGCCAUUCAUCAACAAGCCAGACACGCUCCUGGUCAACAGGAAGGACUCCAUGUGGGUGCCCUGCCUGGUGUCCAUCCCCGGCCUCAACGUCACGCUGCGCUCGCAAAGCUCGGCCCUGCAGCCUGAUGGGCAGGAGGUGGUGUGGGAUGACCGCCGGGGCAUGCGGGUGCCCACGCCACUGCUGCGCGACGCCCUGUACCUGCAGUGUGAGACCACCUGGGGCGGCCAGGCCUUCCUUUCCAACCCCUUCCUCGUGCACAUCACAGGCAACGAGCUCUAUGACAUCCAGCUGUUCCCCAAGAAGUCACUGGAGCUGCUGGUUGGGGAGAAGCUGGUCCUGAACUGUACCGUGUGGGCCGAAUUCAACUCGGGUGUUACCUUUGACUGGGACUAUCCAGGGAAGCAGGCAGAGCGGGGUAAGUGGGUGCCAGAGCGGCGCUCCCAGCAGACUCACACAGAGCUCUCCAGCAUCCUGACCAUCCACAACGUUAGCCAGCAUGACCUGGGCCCGUAUGUGUGCGAGGCCAACAACGGCAUCCAGCGAUUCCGGGAGAGCACCGAGGUCAUUGUGCACGAGAAGCCCUUCAUCAGCGUCGAGUGGCUCAAGGGUCCCGUCCUGGAGGCCACGGCAGGAGAUGAGCUGGUGAAACUGCCCGUGAAGCUGGCAGCGUACCCCCCGCCGGAAUUCCAGUGGUACAAGGACAGAAAAGCAGUGUCCGGGCGCCACAGUCCGCAUGCCCUGGUGCUCAAGGAGGUGACGGAGGCCAGUGCAGGCAUCUAUACCCUCGCCCUGUGGAACUCCGUGGCCGGCCUGAGGCGCAACAUCAGCCUGGAGCUGGUGGUGAACGUGCCCCCCCACAUCCACGAGAAGGAGACCUCCUCCCCCAGCAUCUACUCCCGCCACAGUCGCCAGGCCCUCACUUGUACUGCCUACGGGGUGCCCCCUCCUCUCAGCAUCCAGUGGCACUGGCGGCCGUGGACACCCUGCAAGACCUUCACCCAGCGCAGCCUCAGCCGGCGGCAGCAGCGAGACCACAUGCCACAGUGCCGAGACUGGAGGGAGGUUACCACGCAGGAUGCUGUGAACCCCAUCGAAAGCCUGGACACCUGGACCGAGUUUGUGGAGGGGAAGAAUAAGACGGUGAGCAAGCUGGUGAUCCAGGAUGCCAACGUGUCCGCCAUGUACAAGUGUGUGGUCUUCAACAAAGUGGGCCAGGACGAGCGGCUCAUCUACUUCUAUGUGACCACCAUCCCCGACGGCUUCAGCAUUGAAUCCGAGCCUUCAGAAGAGCCCCUGGAGGGUCAGACCGUGCGCCUGAGCUGCCGGGCAGACAACUACACCUACGAGCAUCUGCGCUGGUACCGCCUCAACCUGUCCACGUUGCACGAUGCGCACGGCAACCCGCUGCUGCUCGACUGCAAGAACGUGCACCUAUUUGCCACGCCGCUGGCCGCCAGCCUGGAGGAGGCGGCCCCCGGGAUGCGCCACGCCACGCUCAGCCUGACAAUCCCCCGAGUGGCGCCCGAGCACGAAGGAGACUACGUGUGCGAGGUGCAGGACCGGCACAGCCAGGACAAGCACUGUCACAAGAAGUACCUCUCAGUGCAGGCCCUGGAAGCCCCGCGGCUCACGCAGAACUUGACUGACCUCCUGGUGAAUGUGAGCGACUCCCUGGAGAUGCGGUGCCCAGUGGCAGGGGUGCACGUGCCCAGCAUCGUGUGGUACAAAGAUGAGAGGCUGCUGGAGGAAGAGUCUGGAAUCGACCUGGCCGACUCAAACCAGAAGCUGAGCAUCCAGCGCGUGCGUGAGGAGGAUGCAGGCCACUAUUUGUGCAGUGUGUGCAAUGCCAAGGGCUGUGUCAACUCCUCUGCCAGCGUGGCCGUGGAAGGCUCCGAGGAUAAAGGCAGCAUGGAAAUCGUGAUCCUUGUUGGCACCGGGGUCAUCGCAGUCUUCUUCUGGGUCCUUCUCCUCCUCAUCUUCUGUAACAUGAGGAGGCCAGCUCACGCAGACAUCAAGACGGGCUACCUGUCCAUCAUCAUGGACCCCGGGGAGGUGCCUCUGGAGGAGCAGUGUGAAUACCUGUCCUAUGAUGCCAGCCAGUGGGAGUUCCCCCGGGAGCGGCUGCACCUCGGGAGAGUCCUUGGCCACGGGGCCUUUGGGAAGGUGGUGGAAGCCUCUGCUUUCGGAAUUAACAAGGGCAGCAGCUGUGACACUGUGGCGGUGAAAAUGCUGAAAGAGGGCGCCACCGCCAGCGAACACCGCGCCCUGAUGUCGGAGCUCAAGAUCUUAAUCCACAUCGGUAACCACCUCAACGUGGUCAACCUGCUGGGGGCAUGCACCAAGCCCAACGGCCCCCUCAUGGUGAUCGUGGAGUUCUGCAAGUAUGGCAACCUUUCUAACUUCCUGCGCGCCAAGCGGGAAGCCUUCAGCCCCUUCGCGGAGAAAUCCCCUGAGCAGCGAAGGCGCUUCCGCGCCAUGGUCGAGGGCGCCAAGGCUGACCGGAGGAGGCCGGGAAGCAGCGACAGGGCCCUCUUCACGCGGCUGCUGAUGGGCAAGGGCGGGGCGGGGCGGGCCCCUUUGGUCCAAGAAGCAGAGGACCUGUGGUUGAGCCCGCUGACUAUGGAAGACCUUGUCUGCUACAGCUUCCAGGUGGCCCGAGGGAUGGAGUUCCUGGCCUCCCGCAAGUGCAUCCACAGAGACCUGGCUGCUCGGAACAUCUUGCUGUCAGAAAGCGACGUGGUGAAGAUCUGCGACUUCGGUCUGGCCCGGGACAUUUACAAAGACCCUGACUACGUGCGCAAGGGCAGUGCCCGGCUGCCCCUGAAAUGGAUGGCCCCCGAGAGCAUCUUCGACAAGGUGUACACCACGCAGAGCGACGUGUGGUCCUUCGGGGUGCUGCUCUGGGAGAUCUUCUCUCUGGGGGCCUCCCCGUACCCUGGGGUGCAGAUUAAUGAGGAGUUCUGCCAGCGGCUGAGAGAUGGCACCCGGAUGAGGGCCCCAGACCUGGCCACCCCUGCCAUACGCCGCAUCAUGCUGAGCUGCUGGUCCGGGGACCCCAAAGAGAGGCCUGCAUUCUCGGAGCUGGUGGAGAUGCUGGGGGACCUGCUCCAGGGCGGGCGCCGGCAGGAGGAGGACGGCAUGGUCCCCUGCGGCUCUCAGAGCUCAGAGGAGGGCAGCUUCUUGCGGGCGUCCACCACAGCCCUGCACGUCACCGAGGCCAACGCCGAUGCCGAGGACAGCCCACUGAGCCUGCCCCGGCACAGCCUGGCCGCCAGAUAUUACAACUGUGUGUCCUUUCCGGGGUGCCUGGCCAGAGGGACUCAGACCCAGGGUUCCUCCAGGAUGAAAACGUUUGAAGAAUUUCCCUUGACCCCGAUCACCUACAAGGCCUCGGUGGAUAACCAGACAGACAGUGGGAUGGUACUGGCCUCCGAGGAGUUGGAGCAGCUGGAGAGCAGGCACAGACAAGAAGGCGGGCUCAGCAGCUGUAAAGGACCCGGCCAGAAUGUGGACGUGACCAGGGCGCAUCCUGACCCCCAAGGGAGGCGGCGGCAGCUGGACCCGGGGGCACAGGGAGGCCAGGUGUUCUACAACAGCGAGUACGGGGAGCUGGCGGGGCCACGAGAGGAGGGCACCUGCACCCCGGCCACCCGCACGCCCUUCUUCACAGACAACAGCUACUAAGAGAGCCCAGGCAAGGCCCCCGCGCCCAGCUCCAACAGUUGGUGGGGCUGUGCCUGGCGGGGUGAG